ACAUUAUUAUUAACUGUCUCUACCUUUCCCAGUUCCCUUUGCCACCACCACUCUCCUCAACCUCGUGCUCUUCAGAGUUCAGUCUCGGGGCAGAGAUAAAUCCAGAGAUGGCUGCAAGUCUCGCUUCCAAAUGGUCUCGUGUGGGCCGUUCAUUUUUGGGGGGCCUUGACCACAAAUUGUCUGGUUUUCUGAGCACAUCACAUGAGGCAUGCAGCAAUUCCUUCUCUCAGCAACGAAGGACUUUCAUUCAGAUGAGGACUGUUCUCAAAGUUGUGGACAACUCGGGGGCAAAAAAGGUGAUGUGCAUACAAGCUUUGAACGGGAAGAAAGGUGCAAGAUUGGGAGAUACAAUAGUUGCAUCAGUCAAGGAAGCCCAUCCAAAUGGAAAAGUCAAGAAAGGAAAGGUUGUGUAUGGUGUGGUUGUGCGUGCUGCCAUGCAACGCGGUCGUUGCGAUUGUAGUGAGGUGAAGUUUGAUGAUAAUGUUGUGGUACUUGUUGACAAGCAAGGCCAGCCUAUUGGCACCAGAGUUUUUGGGCCUGUCCCUCAUGAGUUGAGGAAGAAAAAGCAUGUCAAGAUUCUUACUUCGGCCAAGCAUAUUGCAUGAAGAAUCGAGUACACUGGACUCCCAAGUGCAGGAUUGUUAACAUAGGCAUAGUUUUGAUAAAUCUAGCAUAUUCUUUUGGUUGGACUCUUGAAAUUUGCCUAAAUUUAUCUGCAAUUAUUAAUGAGAAGAAAGGCUGAUUUUGCAUCCCAUCAA